ACCAGCUAUAUGAUACUUCUGGUUUUGCGUCUACUCUGGUGAUUACGGAAAUAACUGCUACGCCAGAAUCAAAUAAAUAAAGGAUUACAUUCGAGUCGCUAUCUGUGUAAGCCUGUAUCACUGUCCACAAUGUCCAGGCAAUCCAACCGAACAACAGACAGCAAGAAGAUGAACUCUGAGCUGUUCACCCUGACCUACGGGGCCCUGGUCACCCAGCUCUGUAAAGACUACGAGAAUGACGAGGAAGUCAAUAAACAACUGGACAAGAUGGGUUAUAACAUCGGAGUGCGUCUGAUCGAGGACUUCCUGGCGCGCUCAAGCAUUGGCAGGUGUCAGGAUUUCCGAGAAACCGCAGAUGUCAUCGCUAAGGUUGCAUUUAAGAUGUACCUGGGAACCACCCCCAGUGUGUCCAACUGGAGCCCGGCAGGAGAUGAAUUCUCUCUCAUCCUGGAGAACAACCCGCUGGUGGACUUUGUGGAGCUGCCGGAUAACCACAGCACGCUGGUCUACUCCAACCUGCUGUGUGGAGUCCUCAGAGGAGCCUUGGAGAUGGUCCAGAUGGCCGUGGAUGUGAGAUUUGCUCAGGACACUCUGAGAGGAGACAAUGUGACAGAAAUCCGCAUGAAGUUCAUAAAAAGGAUCGAGGAAAAUCUCCCCGCAGGAGACGAGUGAUCGGAAAAGAGAUCCUUCCCUCCACUUCUUGUGUCGAGAUAGCGGACUGAGUCAUACAAGGAACAAAAUCAGACAAUGAACUGAACUCAGAACAUCAAGAUGAGUGGUACAUCUCAACUAACAUUUCCUUGGCACCGAUCUGUGCUCCAGUUUGAGGGAGAAGUGUUGUAAGGCUGGGCCAUUUAUCCGUCGACAUCCCUCUCGAAAAGUCACUUUUUUUUCUCAUUAAAUGUUAAAAUAUUGAAUCUUUCUUGAAAAUAAUGAUGGCUUUUCAUUUGUAUAGACUUUCUUUUGUUGGUGCAUGGCUGGAGAGCCUUACCUCGUAAUGUCUUUGUUUGUCUUGUUGGUUAUCUCUCUUUUUUUUUUUUAAGAAAUCACACUUUAUCGCUGCCAAUUAUAUGGCAUGUUAAUUAAUUUAUGUAGAAGGAUAUGUCAAAUAAAAGCGACGUAUUUAAU